AUGGCCGAGACACGCUCUUCUCCGGAAGUCAUCACAGCCUCGCUUCCCGCCCUUGACGUCCGAUGCGAAAGCAAAUUUAAGGAUUACGAUUACUCGGAUAUUACACAUGUUGUCGUCCAUCUAUCCGAUAUAAAAAUCAGGAACAUUAUUAAGUCUAACGCUAAUACCUUCUAUCAACACGACAACGAAGAUUACUUGGAGAUUAUUGGAAAGAUGCUCUCCGUAACGUUCUUCGGCAACGAAAACCAGCUGGAAUGGCUAGACACCGAGCACAUUGGUAGACGCAAGUUCGUUGCAUUCAGCAACAUCGAAAAGAAAGAGAAGCGGGUUCAGAGUCAGAGCCUGAGUCACGGAAAGCUGCGGGUGGUUGAGGUCAUGUUCAUACGAACCAACCCUCGAGAGAUACAGAAGAUCUUUUGGAGGCCCGCCAGAACAACUAUCCUUCUACAUGUUCUGGCUAGAGUGAAUAAUUCGGUUGAUAUGGUCCGGGUUCGAGUUAUGAGAACACGAUCGGGUAUGAUUCCUCGGAAAAUGUUCCCAAAACUGAGGUAG